AUGCAGAUAGCAACACUCCUGACUUUGGAGACAGUUGGAGACACGCUGCCAUCUCUGGAGGUGCAGGAAGGCACACCAGCCACAACUGUGAAUGUGAAGGACUUGUUCGCUAGCAAGAAGGGCAUCCUAUUCGGAGUGCCUGGAGCCUUCACCCCUGGCUGCACGAAGACUCACCUGCCAGGCUAUGUGCAAGACUGGGAGAAGCUGAAGGCCAAGGGAGUUGAGGUAGUGGCCUGUGUGUCUGUCAAUGAUGUGUUUGUCAUGGCGGCUUGGGAGAGGCACGUGGUGCUGAUGGCAAAGGUCAGGAUGUUGGCUGAUCACAACGGAGCCUACACAAAGGCACUUGACUUGGAGUUUGAUGCAGUAGGUGCUCUGGGUCUGUACGCUGCAAACGGUUCUCUGCAGUGGUGGAGGACAGUGUCGUCAAAGUCAUCAACGUGGAGCCAGAUGGUGCAGGCUUGACCUGUUCACUGUCAAAUGCACUAUUUGACCAACUUUGAACACUGGCAGGAGGACAAAUCAUUGCUCUAAUGAAAAGCACUAAAGUGCAAACCCUCGGCGAAGUAGCUCGCAGAGAAUCUGACAGGGGCUAGCUAUAGUAGUAGAUAGCAUGCGAGAGUC